AUGUCGCACCGAGAAAUGGAGAUUCUACCAUGGGAGUGCCGUGACGUAGAGGACCAGGCCGAAGCUUACUACAACCACCCUCUCAGGUCCAUGAACAAGGCCCUCGUCGAGGAGAAUGCGAUGCUGAAGAAGCUUCUUCGAGAAAACAACAUCUCUUGGUCACCUGUAUCCGCCAACUACCAGAAAUACAAGAGUGAUUUUCAACGUGCUCGAUCCUCCUCUACUGGACCGCAUCCUUACCCCUAUCUUCCGACAGAAGUCUUGCUGCGCAUUCUCAAGUGCUCCCUAACCUCAAAGGAUCCGAUCAUCGACCCUCUGUCAAAACUCACGCCCGACAACCUCACGGUCCUAGAGAAGGGCCGCAGUAAUCAAAUUGCCAUCCACUUUUUGGCGACAUGCAAGGCGAUGCACGAAGAGGGCAAUCGCAUUCUAUGGAGUCAGAACACUUUCACCUUCACGACCGACCAGGCUGUCAAGAACUUUGCCAACUUGGACUUCGGAUUCCGUAAGAAUAUCCAGCAUGUCAACUUCCGCAUUAUUGCCCAGUUCUACGAUGACAAGAAGAGAAAGCACAAGCUCGAGCGAUCUUACCACCCCUACCUCAAGAACGAUAUUACAUUGCGGACAAUCCCCCGGGUGAACGAGCUUACUUAUGCCCGCGGCGGCUUUCGCUGUUACUCGUGGGGCCAAGUGACGGAUUUUCUGCGUGCUCUCCGCCCUCCAUUCGAUCCUAAGCAUGACAAGAAAAUGGUUCGCCCCAAGCUGCUUCCCGGCCUUGCGUCACUCAGAAUCGACUUGGUGAACUUUCUGGACGACUUUCUCCCCAUGCCCAGCAGCGAUCUGCACGACAUGGCAUCCCAUGAGCUUGGAUGCUCACUCAACGAGUUGCAAGUCACCGGUCUACCGAUAGACGAUACCGGCAACAAGGCCACCGCAGAGCUUACUGGGCUCUUGCGUGAUGAGGGCCUCUUCCUUGCUGGUCUUCCUUCAUUCGUUCAAGUCAAGAACUCCCUGAAGCCUCUGCCAGGAAUCUCGAGCUGCGCACGUGUUGUUCGGGCCUGGAUGUCCAUUAAGGGAAAAGGUGACAGUACACACCCCGACUCUUCUCACUCGGAGUCUGAAGUUGACAUGGGCCACCAUCACCCCCGUGAACCCAUCAUGCCCCCAGCGCCUCCAGAGACCGGUCACCCCAAGUCUGCACCCAACCGUGAAGACUUGACAAUUUGGAAGAAGGUGCCCAAGACCCGCGAUGGUGAUGACCGACAGUGGGCCGAGUUCUGCCGCAGCAGCGGCUUUCCCAUGGAGGACAUUGAGGAAAUGAUGGGCGACGAUGACGAACUAGGUGUCUGUCCAUGUUGCGGCGAACCCCACGGUAGUAUGUUGGACCUUCUCGAGACGAGUGACGCGGACUGA